AUGGCAAACCUGGGCGAGCUGCGCGACAUCGUGCACAGGAUGCAAGAAGAACAUAUGAUGCUCAAGAACCGGGUCUUUGAGCUGGAUGCCGAGAAGGAGAUGCUCAGGCAGGGCAUUCGCAAGCUCAAGAUGGAAAACAUUCGCAUGAAAGAGAAAAUGAAGGCGAUGAAGACGGCGAUCAGCGAAAUCGGUGGCCAGGUCAUCGAAGCGGAACCCGAAAUCUGGGAGAAAGAGUACGACGAGCUGGGCCGCAACGAGUUCCUGCUGAUCGGCGGCAAGCACGACCCGCUCGGCACCAAGUACGAGGCCACCAUCAAGGACGACAACGGCCUGGAGCACAAAUCGGUGGAGCGCUUCUACUGGUACAAAAUGGCCGAACACUUUGGCGACGCCGACGCCAUGCACAAGAUCCAAACGGCCGGCACCGGCAUCGACGCCGAGGAGGUGGCGAAGAACAUCAAGAACUUCAACGAGGAGAAAUGGAAAGCGGAAAAAGUCACCUACUGGGAAAUGGGCCAGCGGCUGAAGCUCGAGCAAGUGCGGCCCAUCCAGAACCUUCUCGUCGAGACCGGCACCACCUACAUCGCGCUGGCCGACCAGGACAAGCAACUCGGCACUGGCUGGCGCAAGAACCGCGAGGAGGCCAACAAGCCCAUCUUCUGGGACGGCGAGAAUUUGGGCGGCAAGUUCCUGAUGAAGUACCGCCAGGACUUGGCCAAGUCACACCAAUGGGCCGGACCCUUCGAAAAACAGGAGACCGAGAAGAAGCACGCCGAGAUGAAGAAGUACGUGUGGCGCCGCAUCGACAAGACGCGCUUCGUGGCCGCCGACAUGGCAGGCGGCAUGGAAGCCGGGGAACCUUCUAGACGAGAUGCCGGUGUCCAGCGCGGCCGGGUCGUCAAAAAGCAGCCGCCGUUCCAGUCAAGCAUUUUC